UCCAGGGAAAGGCCUAGACUUUGAAAGCCAUGCACUGAGGGUGCUUAAAAGAGGACUCUGCAUAUGCAAACAGCAUUUACCUUUAAAGUCAGGAAAUCUCAAGUGUAAAUGCCCAUUUGUUUGUGGCUUUUCCAUCUGCACCAGUGCCAACUUUUGUACGUGCAGCAGACAUGGAUGUUUAACCAGACUUAGUAUACCAUCUCCCAGGAUCACGUUCUCUGUCAGUUGCCUUUUACUAACUCUUCUGUUUUGUUCCUCAAGACCCCUCUUCUUGUACAGCUGUGGACGGGAAUCAACAAUCUGGGAGCGUCCCCCGCUAGUGGAUUUUGGCUUCUGUUCUGAUCGGCUGCUGAAGUUGUCUGAACCUAAAAAAUACCAGGCUGCUUACCUGCAGCAAAGACCUCGCCAGUCCCCUGAAUGGCCCGUGUCGCCUGCUGCGCUGAGCUAUAAGGCCUCCCCGCGGAUCCUAGAGCUUGCACGGCCAAAGGUGCUGCACCCAGAGUUCAUGCUGGCCAGAGAGGUGCCAACGCAGGUUACAAACCUCGCAGUCUUGGCCAGAGCAUCCUCGCGGUUACAGCGUCUCGCAGAGCCCCGGGUCAGGAAGGUGACCUGCUGCUAUGAGCGUGGCUUUCUCGAAUCUGUCAUCCGUCCAGUUUCCAAGUUGGCUCAGGAGGCAAUUGCGAGCCCUCGGACUCUGGAGCUGGCUAGGGCAAAAAGAUUGCAUCCUGACUAUGUGCCUGCACGGGAUGCUGAGUGGCCAGUGACGAAGGCUGCAAAGCAUGCAGUGGCCACACCAAGGCUUGUGGAACUGGCCCAGCCUUGCAAAAGGCCUCCUAUAAGCUUGGCUCAAUUCAACCCAGACGCGUUCACAGUGAAGGAGACUGCUAAGAGGGCAACUUGUUCUGCUCGGGUCCAAGACCUGGCUCGUCCGAUUAAGCGCUAAGCUCCCUCAGAAACACAGCCCGCUGCUCAUGCCGGCUGCCCCCAUCACCCUUUGGAACAUCACCCUCUUCGGGCCGUGUUGUGGCUGGAAAACCUGCUUGAACAUGGCGGCAGCACCCAGCAGGAACAUUUUCUUAUGAGCAGCCACUUUUACUGGGCUUAUCUGGGGAGUUAAAUAAAACUGUCAUUCCUUAAGAACAAAAUAGUCACCAGGGCAAAUGAGCAGAAUUUGACCUAAUGUGGGAAGCCUGUCUCCCUAGGACAGGUUAUGUCUGGAGUUUAUCACUCUUCCUAAUUUUUUUGCUGUAAUAGCUAAAGAAGUAAUGAAACAACUGCUGGGGGAAGCCAGCACAGGAACUGUUCUUUCACAUAAGUAAGUGUGGCAAACCAAAGCCAACGGCACACAGUAGGUUGAUGCAAUGCAACUCCUGAUCUUGGGUUUCACAAUUUUUGCUAAAGUUGAGAGAUGUUCUCACUCUGUUCUCACUCACUCAACACUAAGAUGAGUUCUUAGUGACACUCAAAGUUUUGUGCUUGUGACAGAAGUAGAAACACAAAAGGCUGCAAAAUUCCAGAUCCAGGGCUAGAUUUGAUGAGGUGCAAAGCUUUAGUACAGACUUUGGAAAUGCUGGGGUGGCAUGUGUGUUGAGUUGGCUUGGAUUUGGGGCCUGUUUUCUCAAAUGCCUGGAGAAUGGGCAGAUCCAGCCUUUUGCUUUGCACACAUCUUUGAUAACAGGUUACACAGCUGGGUUAAAUCUGUGCAGUUCAGAUACUCAGUUGUGUGACCCUGGGCAAAAUAAUGGAGCUCUGCAUUGGGAUUUUUGGAGCCUAACUCAAGAAAGCGGAGUUCCCCUCAGUGUAAGGGAGAAGGCACGUUGCAAAGACUAAGAAGAAAACAGAUAUCGGUGCCAGGCUCUGCGGAACAAACUCUGAGUUCCAGUCAGGUCUGAGAGUGAGUCAGUUUGGCAGCUGGGUUGCAGGGGAACAACACAGCCUGUGCAGAACAUGGCUCAGGGAGAUUGCUUUUAUCAGUUUCUUGUGAGUUUGGUGUGCUUUGCGCUGGCAACCUAGCCACUGGCGAUGGGCUGGGGAUAACUGAGGCAAGAGAGACGCUCUCCAGCAAGGGACAGAAGCCAUAAAUGAAAACAUGUGGCAAAUUCAGUGCCAGUGUAUCUUAGUCUUUCCUGUGUUAAGCUGAUUCUCCUUCCAAAGGACUACAGGCAGGUGACCACAAACCAGAAGAGGAUUAAUCAGAGGAUCCACUAAUUGAUGCGAUAAUCCACUAAGCAGAGGAUUUUUGAACCCUUUUGAACAAAGUAAGGUCACUGGGCAACAGUGCUGGUUAUUUU